AGCUCAGGCCCAGACAGGGAAAGAUUCAGGCCUUGGCCAGGAAGAGAAAUAUUUAGGUUUUGGCGUUGAGGAGAGGAAUUACAGGGCGAGGAGUGAGGGGAGCAUAAACGCGAGAGGAAACUGAAAGCUGUUCUGGAGAGCGGGACAGGAGUGGAAGCGUGGGGCCUGCAGAGAUAAGGGACUGACGGCCCGGCAAAGCGAUGCGGAAGAAGAUUUAUUGUUUAUGAUGGAGUGGCAACCUGAUGAGCAGGGUCUUCAGCAAGUACUACAGCUGCUCAAAGAUUCUCAGUCGCCAGACACAGCAACGCAACGGGCAGUUCAACAAAAAUUGGAGCAGCUGAACCAGUAUCCGGACUUCAACAACUACUUGAUCUUUGUCCUGACCAGGCUGAAAUCAGAAGAUGAACCGACUCGGUCCCUCAGUGGCCUCAUUCUCAAGAACAAUGUGAAGGCUCACUAUCAGAGUUUCCCCCAGGGAGUUGCCGAGUUCAUCAAACAGGAGUGUUUAAAUAACAUUGGAGAUGCCUCUCCACUCAUCCGAGCAACUAUAGGUAUUUUGAUCACUACUAUUGCUUCAAAAGGUGAGCUGCAGGCUUGGCCAGAGCUGCUUCCUCAACUCUGUAACUUGCUCAACUCUGAAGAUUACAAUACAUGUGAGGGUGCAUUUGGAGCUUUGCAAAAGAUUUGUGAGGAUUCGUCCGAAAUGCUUGACAGUGAUGCAUUGAACAGACCUCUGACUAUUAUGAUUCCCAAGUUCCUGCAGUUUUUCAAACAUUGUAGUCCCAAGAUUAGAUCCCACGCAAUUGCUUGUGUGAAUCAGUUCAUAAUCGGCAGGGCCCAGGCACUUAUGGACAAUGUCGAUACUUUCAUUGAGCACCUAUUUGCAUUAGCGACGGAUGAGGAUUCGGAGGUGAGAAAAAAUGUGUGUCGGGCACUGGUGAUGCUGCUGGAAGUUCGGAUAGAUCGGCUUAUCCCACACAUGCACAGUAUAAUCCAGUACAUGUUGCAGAGGACGCAGGACACUGAUGAAAAUGUAGCACUGGAAGCGUGCGAGUUCUGGCUGACGUUGGCUGAACAACCCAUCUGCAAGGAGGCCCUAUCAGGACAUUUGAUCCAGUUGAUUCCAAUUUUAGUGAAUGGGAUGAAAUACUCGGAAAUUGAUAUAAUCCUUUUAAAGGGUGAUGUAGAAGAGGAUGAUACAGUCCCAGACAGUGAGCAGGAUAUAAAGCCACGUUUUCACAAGUCCCGUACGGUUACCCUGCAGCAUGAGGAGGAUGCCGCUGAGGAAGAUGAGGACUUCGAUGACGAUGAUGACACUCUCUCUGACUGGAACCUGAGGAAAUGCUCAGCAGCAGCACUGGAUGUCUUGGCCAAUGUUUUCAGAGAUGAUCUUCUGCCUCACCUUCUGCCACUGCUGAAAGGACUGCUGUUCCAUCCGGAUUGGGUUGUUAAGGAAUCUGGAAUUCUGGUUUUGGGUGCAAUCGCUGAAGGUUGUAUGCAAGGGAUGGUUCCAUACCUCCCGGAGUUGAUCCCGCACCUCAUUCAAUGCCUGCCAGAUAAGAAGGCACUGGUGCGCUCCAUUGCCUGCUGGACUCUGAGUCGCUAUGCCCACUGGGUUGUCAGUCAGCCACCAGAUCAGUACCUUAAGCCGCUAAUGACUGAACUUCUGAAACGAAUCCUGGAUGGAAAUAAGCGAGUGCAAGAGGCAGCAUGCAGUGCAUUUGCUACAUUGGAGGAAGAGGCCUGCACUGAGCUUGUGCCGUAUCUCAGCUACAUCCUUGAUACACUAGUAUUUGCCUUUGGAAAGUACCAGCACAAGAACCUACUGAUCUUGUAUGAUGCUAUUGGCACCCUGGCUGACUCCGUGGGACAUCACCUCAACCAGCCGGAGUACAUCCAGAAGCUAAUGCCCCCACUCAUUCAAAAAUGGAAUGAGCUCAAGGAUGAAGAUAAGGAUCUCUUCCCUCUAUUGGAGUGCCUCUCAUCAGUGGCCACGGCUCUACAGAGUGGUUUCCUCCCGUACUGUGAGCCUGUUUAUCAACGUUGUGUCACACUUGUGCAGAAAACACUAGCCCAGGCUAUGAUGUAUAAUACUCAGCCGGAUCAAUACGAGGCUCCAGACAAGGACUUCAUGAUAGUGGCCCUGGAUCUGCUGAGCGGCUUGGCAGAGGGCCUCGGUGGCAAUGUAGAGCAGUUGGUAGCUCGGAGUAACAUCAUGACUCUUCUAUUUCAGUGCAUGCAGGACACCAUGCCAGAGGUGCGUCAGAGUUCAUUUGCACUUUUGGGAGAUCUCACCAAAGCAUGUUUCCAGCACGUUAAACCCUGUAUAGCUGAAUUCAUGCCAAUCUUGGGGACCAACCUAAACCCUGAGUUUAUUUCUGUGUGCAACAAUGCCACGUGGGCAAUUGGGGAGAUCUGCAUGCAGAUGGGUGCUGAGAUGCAGCCAUAUGUGUCGCUAGUCCUGAAUAACUUGGUGGAGAUCAUCAACAGACCAAACACUCCCAAGACUCUGCUUGAAAACACUGCUAUUACCAUCGGUCGCUUGGGUUACGUGUGCCCUCAGGAGGUAGCGCCCAUGCUGCAGCAGUUCAUCAGGCCGUGGUGCACAUCUUUGAGAAACAUCCGUGACAAUGAAGAAAAGGAUUCUGCCUUCCGUGGGAUCUGUAUGAUGAUUGGUGUGAAUCCAGGAGGAGUUGUACAGGACUUCAUCUUCUUCUGCGAUGCUGUUGCGUCAUGGGUGAACCCAAAGGACGACCUGCGUGAGAUGUUUUACAAGGUAGGUGACUGUUCUGUGGAUUCUAAGUCUACCCUGAGAUGUCCAUUUCACUCACUCCCCUGGCUGCAUACUGGAUUCUUUGACAUUUGUAGCUUGCAUAAUUAAAUUGAAGGUAGCUAU